AUGCGUUGCCGACUCAGAUCAGUCUACUACUUCAACCUCCACUCCUCCAUCUUCUCCUUCGCUGAUCUCGUAUCCCUGCGGCUGCAACGCUGCAACAUUCCAUCCCUCCCCAUAGGAUUCGCCAGCUUCCCCGCGCUCCAGGAGCUAGACCUAAAGUUUGUUCACUUCCUAGCCCAUGGGGAGAAUCAAUUGGAGGCUAUCAUUCGUCGGUCACCCUUGCUUCAUGCCCUGUAUAUGUCUAAUGUGUUCAUCCCUCUUGGCUGCCCACACUCAGUGAUUGAGGCGCCUAAUCUCCGUAGCCUAACAAUCUAUUCACAUUAUGACUAUGACUGGCGAAUUGGAGAGCUGCCAUGCCUCGAAGAUGCCAACAUUCAAGUGACAUUCUACCCACAGUAUGGACAUGAUUUCGGAGAUUUCCUUGCUCGGUUUGCUCAAGUUCGAAAUCUUACGCUCGUCUCGCCGGUCGACGAUGUUGAGAUGCCAUAUACACUUCCAUUUACCUUUUAUAACUUGAAGAACUUGAAACUAUAUCUGGACUUUACUCAAAUGCAACACAUUUUGUUCAUGUUCACCUUGCUAAGGAGUUGUCACAACCUUGAAAAGUUAGAAAUAGAGCUGAUUUUUUUUGGGGGGGUGAAGAUUUAUGACGAUGAUCAUCAGAGUAUCGAUGCGAAUUGGGAGUUCCUAAAUGCUCUGUGGACUGAUGGCAUGUGUGCCAAUCUUCAAGUUGUGCAGAUAAUUCAUAUUAAAUUGCUUCCAAAUGAAAUUUCUUUUAUGAAGUUUAUUCUCUCUAAAGCAAGGCUUCUUCGCACAUUGUAUGUUGAAGAGCUUCAGCUCAAGCUCGAGUCCUGUUUGAAGAUUUUAGAGCUUGACCCUAAUAUUGUCGGUGAAGAGUCAACCAUGGUCUCCAAAGACUCUAUUGCAUGA